AUCGGCCUUACUACACCAAGACAUCAUCUUGCAGCCUACGAAGCGUACGGAUGCCGCAUACGACUUUAGACCUCAUCGACGUAUGGCGCCCUGUACGAGCGAAGCAGCAGCUCUUACUCACAGCCAACGCGACCACAACGCGAACGAAACUUCAGGGAUCGAGGCGACACCCAUGCCUCGUAAGCGCACCCUCAAGGCCGUCGAGCCGGGCGCGCAUCCUCACUCGGCUGCAUCGAUUCUCGAAAAGAGCAGUAGAGAAAGCCUCGAGGCAGCUUCGGAGAUAGCCAAUUUUUUCAUAGAAAAGGGAGAAGAGAUCGUCGUCAAAGUCGGUGACGAACUGAGCCCUGCGACUGGCCGGUCCGCCGAACCCGCUGUGGACCCUUCAGAAGAAGCCGAGUCCUUACCAACGACUUCGCCGAAGGGUAAAGGCAAGACGAAGGGUAAAGGUCGUAAGAGAAAGCUUCAAACAGAGGACUUGAGAAAAGAAGAGGCCGCAGCCAGUUGCGCAGAAUCACAAGAUCCGAGCGCGACUUUAGAUGCACUAGCGACAGCGAAGGACCUUGUCGUCAAAGGCAAAUCAACCUUGAAGGAUAGCUUGUCGUCCGUUCUUGCUUCUUCACAAAACCAGCAAAUUUUUGCAGUAGCCAGCUCCUCCUCGGACUCCGUUGCGUCAACUUCGACUCUGGCUUUUGACGCAGCAAGCGUGUUCAAGCGAAGCACAUCCCAUUUCCGCCUUCCCCAUUGGCUUCAACGUCAGCCAGACGUAAUUAGGCAGCCAAAUUCUGUCUCAUACGAACGACCCGCAAGCGCAAGCCCCCUUUCGAAACGUCUGUCAUCUACGUCGUUAUUGGGCGGCAAGAGCGAAACCUUACCGAUAGAGCAACGCCAGAGCAACAAAGUCCCAGCGCGGUCGCGGGGGUGGAUUUCGAGCAUCGGUAACCCUUUCAAACGUGUCAAGUUCUCCACAAUGCCUUUGAAUGCUGUACCACGUGUUUCAUCGACGUCCGUAAUGUCUAAGAGCGUGGAUCAAAGCUCAAGCGAGUCCCAACUUAAGAACGAGGCAGAAGCAACUGCGUCGCUCUGCCAAGAUCCAAAUGCUUUGGAGGCCGAGCACAAAGCGUACCGCGGCGAACAAGAUGCAGGACAAGGCUCGGCGGAGGAAAUGGUUUCAUUAUACCCUUUACUGCCGAAUUUUAACGGCAAUGCACUGCAACGGGAACAAAGCGCGUUGAAGAUAUUUGGCAGCGGCAGUGAUAUUGACCAACUUGCACCGCAGGCGACACCAACUCGGCGGAGCGAUCGGAAGGGCAAACGCAUAGACCAGGCUCAAACAGAUGUCGACGGCUCAAAGGAAGCGAUUUUCUCGUCUUCGUCAGAGCAAGUCAAUGCGGAUCCAAUUCUGGAUCGCAGCGUCGGCACUGAAGACACUCGUUUCAGGGGCGAGACAACAACCCAAGGCCAAGGGAGCCCCAUAUCUGCUUCAGAACCAAACAACAAGCCAUCUCACAAGCCUCCUCGCCCACCGAACGAUCCUUCCGUACUUGCGCAUCAUGACAAACCGGUGAGAACACUCAGAACGCGUGCAGCGCGUAUGGCGGUUGAAAAGGCGGUGCAACAAGGUAGCUCCCAGUACAGCCAGAGUUCGGAGACGGAGUGGGAAUCAGAUGCAUUACAGCCUUUGGAUGCAUCGCAGGCGCAGCCAGAAGGAGAUCUUGCUCAAUGUGCGGGCGGGGUAGUUGAUGCGGAUGCGGAAACAGAAACAGAAACGAAAGCGGAGGUGGAUCGAGAGCAGCACCCGGACGCACUCAGCGCAGACGAGUCGGUCAGGAUGAUCAGACUGUUGGAUGGCGCGCAAAGCGCAGCUUUGAAAUCCAGCCCAUCCGCACAAGUGCGGCAUACCGGCCACGCCGAAGUGAUGGAUUUUGCAUUGCAAGGCGGGGCACAAACUGCACGGGAAACUUUUGUCCAGCUAGGCGAUCAUGUCCAGAGCCAGGUCAAAACGCAACUGGAAGAAGCACAGACAGCCGAAGCACCUGCAUCUGAUUCCGAACUACUUGAUACGACAAGACUAGGGUCAAUGGGUAUCUCGGCUACACCUCCCGAGCCUACCAAAGGCGGCCGCGCUCUGCUCAGCGUCGACUCCGCACCAGAUGCGGUAGUAGAUAGAGAAGGGGCCCUCUCGCGUGAAGAGUCAAUACGUCUCAUUGCGUUGCUCGACGGUACAUCGAAGCUUGCCAAGGAGCUACCAGAAGGCGAUUUGCAAUUUGGUGGGCGUCAAGAGCCAGCGGUCCGGGACGACGAGAACGAGGACGAGGAUGAAGACGAGGACGAGGAUGAAGACGAGGACGAGGAUGAAGACGAGGACGAGGAUGAAGACGAGGACGAGGAUGAAGACGAGGACGAGGACGAGGAUGAAGACGAGGACGAAGAUGGGCAGAUUCUCAUUUCCGGCCUGGGUGUCCAUACCCAUGCUCCUGUUGAGCUCUCAAACGAGAUGAACCAGCAGUAUGAUGUGGCCGAUGGUGACCUUGAGGAUGUUGGCGAACCGGUCGACAGGGACCAGUUCGGGGUCGAUUUUUCUCAUGCGAGCGACGAAGACCACGAGUGUGAUGGCGACGAGGACAAG